AUGUACUCCAUCGUCCGAGAGAUCCCUGAGUGCGCCUUGUUUAACGCCCAGGAAAACGGAGAUCUCACGAAGAUGCUCCGAAGUUUGAUCGUGACAAAUUCGGAGGUUUUUCUUUGCGACGAAGAUCACGUUCAUUGGCCUCUGCCUUCGUUUGUGCGAGCUCCACCGUCCACACCUCAGUGGGUGGUUACCAAGUCCCAGCGGAUCAAUAAAAUAAUUGGUCUAGAUGUCUUUGAGCUUGGGAGAAAUGCCAGUGAAAUGCUUGGUGUAUACGGCCUGUCUUUAAUUUUCGAGCAUGAAGAAGUUGAGGCGACGGCCGCUGGCGAGCAAAAUUGCUGGCACUUAGUUUUCAAAGCCUGCGAUGAGCGCACGCAACUUCAGCGUUCUCUCUCACAAGUUUGGAAAGGGGAUUUCCAAGCAGAUCUUAAAAUCACUUAUUCCAAACCAAAGUCCUUCCCUGGCAUUCAGGAAGGGAAGGAUCCAAAUGGCUUUCUCUCGUCGAUUUCUUCAAUAAACGGGCAACACACCCCCGUGGGUACCCCGGUGGAAGCUAAAAAGACCCAUCGGAGGAUGGGCUCUGAUAAUUUGCCGAUUUUGCAGGCAAAUGUAUUGAAUGGCUUGGAGAGCUUAGUAACUUUGGAUAGAAAGUUGCUGGACAAGUUUUUCCGCCGAUGCAUUUCACAAAAAAGCGAGAGUGAAGAAGAAACCCUUUUACACGUCCUAUGGACCGGCUGUACGCCUUUCCUUUUUCCUGCGCAGGAAUUCAAAGUCUGCGUUUUGUUAAGCAACUUGUACGUGUAUAUUUUAGCGGAGAAAAAGCACAAGGAUUUGAUUAAUAUGAAAAAGGAGGGUAAACUCAGGAAUUGCGAGGGUUUAGAAGACGUUAAGCCCACGAUUUGCUUUAAUUGGAUCCCCAUCAGCAAGUUAAGACAAGUCUGUGUUGGAUUGUUUGAUCAAACAUUGAGACUGGAGACUGAAUUGAAAGAAGACACUUUCACUUUUAUUACUCGUGAUUUUCAUCUCACGAGCACAUUCCUGGAACGCUUAAACGCCAUUUUGUCGUCAAAGCACACAAGCGAUCCUUCACCCCCGAGAGCUGAAACCCUUACCACGAGCAUUUACGACUCUCAGCCGACGUCCGAAGCCGAUCACUGCUCGUUCACGAAGACAGACUACCAUCAUGUUAAAAAUGGGGUCAAGUUUAUUUACCCAAACGAUGACACUUUGGAGAUCCUCAAAGACGCUAUUUCGGACUUUAGUCGCACCUCGGUUGACUGUAGCCAUCUGAAAGACGUUGUCAUCCUUGUCUAUCUUUUAGUUUUUCAUGAAACGAAAUCGAACGUCGAAGAACCACGGACGCUCGUCAUCAUGGACAAAUCUCUUUGCCUUUGCAUCGAGGAUCACGUAAACUAUCCAUUGCCGCUCUUCGCAACCGGGCUUCCAGAGAGCCCGCAAUAUAACGUGCAGGACUUGCGUGACAUCAAGUCGCUGUCACGCGUCGAAUUCAGCGACUUUAACUCGUGCGACUUUAAAAUGGUUUUCUUGCCGACUCAGCAUCAAGACGAGGACGCACCUGAGGGAUUUGAUUCCGCAAGUAUGGGAGAUUUAUGCGUUAUUACGCAUGCGUUGGGCUUCGCUGACCGUGAAAUCUGCUGGCGGAUUGUUGCCCAGACGUACGAGGAAAAAGAAAAGGCUUUGAGUCUGAUUUGUAAGCUUUGGUCGGACAUUCACGGCGGAGCGCUGCCUGUUAUGAAAGCUAAGGGAUGA